CCCGUGUCACUUGUUCUCUUCACUUGAGACCAUUUCGCCAGCCUGCGCACGAGCCUGUUCAUUCUUUUCGAGGUAAAACGCACGCCAUGGCUGAGUCGGAACCCACACCCAAACAGCUGGCCGCGCUCGCUGCGGCCAAUGAGGAGCCUGACACCAUGGUCAACUACAAACCUCCGGCACCGAAGAGCUUACAGGAGAUCCAGGAGCUCGACAAAGAGGACGAGAGCCUGCGCAAGUACAAGGAGGCAUUACUGGGCAGCACCUCUGUGAGUGCAGAUCCCAAUGUACCAAACAUCCAAGUGACGCGAAUGACUUUGAUGUGUGAUGCUGCGCCAACCCCUUUGGUUCUUGAUCUGACGGGAAAUCUGGCAAACUUCAACAACAAUCCGUUUGUGUUGAAAGAGGGCGUGGAGUACAAAAUAAAGAUCAACUUCAAGGUUAACAAGGAGAUUGUUUCAGGUUUGAAGUACAUUCAGCAGUCAUUCAGGAAAGGAAUUAAGGUUGAUAAGUCAAACUACAUGGUGGGCAGCUACGGUCCCAAACCAAACGAGGAGUACGAGUUCCUCACCACCGUCGAGGAGGCGCCCAAAGGCAUGAUGGCCCGCGGCACGUACAAUAUAAAGUCCAAGUUCACCGACGACGACAAACACGACCAUCUGUCCUGGGAGUGGAGCCUCACCAUCAAGAAGGACUGGACAGACUGACUCCCUUUCAUCACCUGCGCAAUCAUCUUCCUCCGCUUUCUUUCCUCUAUUGUUGUCAUUCCAUUUUGGUUUUUCUGAUGUCUUCUUCGUCCAUUG